GUCUGUUCGAGUGACGAACAUGAAGUUGGUUCAGGUUCUUCUAGUUGCGGCCUUGUGUGCCUUUGCUAGCUCCAGUGAAGUCCCUAUUGCAAAAAUACAAAAGGAUGUGCUUCUACUGUUGGCACACAUAAACCAGCCUCCAAUGUACCCGCAAUGGACAAAAACCAUGGAGACAUAUAACGUUUCCCUUCAUGCCUCUGAAUAUUCUAAACCAGAAGUAGUCCACCAAUAUGAACUCUAUGAGUCCUACGGCUUCCUACCCAAAGGAGAAAUAUUCUCCGUCAUGUACCAGCCCCACCUCAACCAGUCCAUUAUACUGUUUGAGCUUUUCUACUAUGCCAAAACCUACGAAGCGUUCUACAACACCGCGGUUUGGGCCCGUUACCACUUCAAUGAAGGCGUAUUCUUGUACGCCUACUCUUUGGCAGUCGUCCAUCGCCCGGAUAUGCAAGACGUUAUCCUUCCACCAAUCUACGAAAUCUAUCCCUACUACUUCUACAACGUCGAAGUCAUCCAGCAAGCUUUCAAGCUAAAGCAAAUGCACAACCCUCAGCACCCCAUAUCUGCCUACGACCAGAACCACGGGUACACUGUCUUUACUAACUACUCCGGUCAUUACUUGAAUUUACACCCUGAACAGUCUCUUUCUUAUUAUCUCGAGGAUGUUGGUAUCAAUGCGUUCUACUACUACUACAAUCUGUACUAUCCUUUCUGGAUGAGUUCCAAGGAAUACGGAUUUGCUGCAGUUAACCGUGGUGAAGAGUACUUCGUUCUGUAUUCGCAACUUAUCGCCAAAUACUACAUGGAACGUCUAUCUAAUGGUUUUGGAGAAAUUCAGUACCUCAACUGGGACUUGCCUAUAGAAACCCCCUACUAUCCAUCUUUGGAAUAUCCAAAUGGUCUUGAAUUCCCCUACAGACCGCCCUUCGUGAAGCUACAGGAGUAUUACUAUAACUACGGCCAAACUUGGAGUUGGAAAUCUAACUACGGAUACAGUUACAAUUUGAUCCAGGAUUGGGAGAGGCGUAUCAGCGAUGCUAUUGAUUACGGAGUACUAAAUGUACAUGGACAAAAAAUCAAUUUGUAUGACUCAGAUGCGCUCAACAUCCUUGGAAACCUUAUCGAAGGCAACCCAGACUCACCUAACUCAGAAUUCUACGGUAUGAUCUGGUUAUAUGCUCGUCAUCUCCUAGGAUACUCAUACCAGCCUUUGGACAAGUACCAUAUCGCGCCAUCUGCCUUAGAACAUUUUGAAACUUCCCUUCGCGACCCAGUAUUUUACCAGUUGUACAAGAAAAUCAUCCUGCUCUUCUACAAAUAUUUAUAUAAACUACCUUUCUAUUCUUACGAUGACCUAGUUUUCCCUGGUGUUGAGGUUGUCGGUGUGGAGAUCGACAAGUUGGUAACUUAUGAUGAUUACUUCUACUCUGAUAUAAGCAAUGUCGUUUAUGAUACAAAAGAUGAACUUUUGCAAGAUUCCUUCCAUAUUCGUGUAGCUCAGACUAGGCUCAACCAUAAGCCAUUCAACUAUAAGAUAACUGUUAAGUCAGAAAAGGCCGUCCAAUCUGUUGUCAAGGUCUUCAUAGCUCCGAUCUACGAUGAAUACAAUCGCUACAUUAAUAUGACUUACAAUUUCAUGAAUAUGGUGUUGUUGGACUACUUCGUAUAUGACCUGAAGGCAGGACAGAAUCCCAUUACUCGCAACUCUUAUGACUCUCAGUUGUACGGCAAAGAUCCUCUGUCUUACCACGAGAUCUACCAACAGAUGCUGAGUGCUGAGAGUGGAAAGGGAAGUUGGUCUGCCGAUCAGUAUUACUGGUAUUUCCCUCACAGAUACAUGCUGCCUCAAGGUACCCCAAGCGGAUUGCCAUUCCAGUUCUAUGUCGCCGUGUACCCAUACGUUCCCGAGAAGACAGAAGGUUCUUCCAGCAGCAGAGGUUUCGAGAGCUUCUUCUAUCCGAUCGUGAAUGGAAAGCAAUUCAUCGACAGCUACCCACUCCUAUAUCCCUUCGACAAACCCAUCGUAUACGAGAAGUUCUGGCAUGGCAUUCCAAACUUCUACUCCUACGAGACGAAGGUUUACCACGUGGAAGAUGUCAAUGUCGUCCACUAAUACUGCCCAGAUACUGAUUGCUGUUACAAAGCUUUAAUUUAAAUUGUUAUUGUUGUUGUUAUUAGUAAUAUAUUCAUGCAUUUGAA